AUGACUGCCGCAGCAGUGAUGCCAAACGAGCUCUCCCAGUAUGACGAGGAGGAGCCAGAGAUCAGAGGGAACUUAACGUUCAAGCCCGUGAUGGAGGUGUUGCCGAAGACGAAGCGCACGGAGAGACUUCACGAUGAGAAGAUCCGUCAGCUCCAGAGGAAGAAGAAGGAGGCAGAGGACCAAAAGAAGCUGAAGGAGGCAGAGGUGGCAGCGCAGCGGCAGCGCGUGAAUGAGCAGAAGAAGGCCCAGCAAGAAAGGAUAAGGCGUGAGGCGGAGUUGGCGCGGAAGAAACGUGAGGAGGAAGAGAUGAGAAAAAAGGCAGAGGGAGGGUUCGAACAAUUGCUUGACGCUCUCAGAACCAACUCUAGCCGUCCGGACGUGACAGCCUGUGGCAUCGAGCUGAACCCGGCGCAGGUGCGCCUGUUGGCCAACAGCCUGACUGACAACAAGUCGUGCCUCUCCCUCAACCUUAGCCGUAAGGGGUUCGGCGAUGAGGAUGGCGUGGCCAUGGCGGGGAUGCUGGAGGUCAACAAGGGCUUGCAGAAGCUGGAGCUGGAAGGGAACAAUCUCGGAAUGAAGGCCGCCGAGGCUUUCGGAGACGCACUUCGGAAGAACAACACCCUGAGGUCGCUAAACCUCGAGAGCAACAACCUGGCGCACCCGGGCGGCACUGCAGUCAAGGGCGUGAUCGAGCUGGCCAACGCCCUGAAGGUCAAUUCGACGCUUCGCGUGCUGAUGCUGGGCAAGAACGCGAUCACGGGGACCGAGGUGGGCGAGUAUCUGGUGAGCGCCAUCGAGGCCAGCGAGUCCCUCACAGUUGUCGACCUCUCCGGCAACGACCUAAGCGUGGAGCAGCUGCGCCGAAUCGACAAGGCCGUGCAGCGCAACCGCGAGCGCCUCAGCGCGAUCCGGCGGGCGGAGCGGCGCGAGCGGUUCGACCUCUACAACGAGGAGUUCAAGUGCCGGCAAUACGACAUGCAGGUGGAGGCGACGCGCCUGGAGAUCGAGGCCCACGAGGAGCGGAAGCUGAACCGCAUGAAGGCCCGCUUCGAGAAGUGGGUGGAGGACACCCACGAGACCGAGGAGCAGGAGAGGAUCGCCUUCGAGGACCUGAUGUCGGAGGCGGCGGACCGCGCCGAGGGCCGGAAGGGCAAGAAGGGCAAGAAGGGCAAGAAGAAGUGA